AUGGCGGAAGGACCGCAAACAAUAUGGCAAAAGAUCGACAACUCCGUCAUCCCAUUUAUAAACCUUGAAGUCAGAGAAGUUCGCGAGAUAUUAUGGGAGAAGAUUAAGGAACCAACUUCUCAGAGAAAAAUCAUCCUAGUUAUAGUAUCUAUAGCCCUUCUUCUGGACAACAUGCUUUAUAUGGUAAUAGUACCGAUCAUACCAGACUACUUGCGAUACAUCGGUGCAUGGGGAGAAGCAGGCUAUGACCAUGUAGUCACUCUGCCGCCAAUAAUAGAAGGAAAUAGGACCAUUAUACCUACUAAAAUUAUACCAGCUUCUCAUGAAGGGCAAGAUUCUGCAACUGGAGUUCUCUUUGCUUCCAAGGCAAUAGUGCAGCUCAUGAUUAACCCCUUUUCCGGUGCCUUAAUUGACAGAAUAGGAUACGAUAUUCCCAUGAUGUUUGGACUUAUAAUAAUGUUUCUUUCCACGUCCAUAUUUGCGUGCGGACGAAGUUACAGCAUGUUAUUUUUCGCAAGAAGCCUUCAAGGCGUUGGAUCUGCGUUUGCUGAUACCUCAGGCUUAGCUAUGAUCGCCGACAGGUUUACCGAGGAAUCUGAACGUUCAAAAGCUCUUGGUAUUGCACUAGCAUUUAUCAGUUUUGGCUGCUUAGUUGCACCUCCAUUUGGAGGAGCUUUGUAUCAAUUUGCAGGAAAAGAAGUACCUUUCCUGAUUCUCGCAUUAAUCUCCUUGUUGGAUGGGUUCAUGUUACUUCUUGUAAUGAAACCAUUAAAAACCCAGAUGCAAGAAGCGGCUCAACCUAAGCCUGCCGGCACACCUAUAUGGAAGCUUUUGAUAGAUCCUUAUAUUGCCGUUUGUGCUGGAGCACUCAUGAUGUCUAACGUUGCAUUAGCGUUUCUCGAGCCCACAAUUUCUCUUUGGAUGGAAGAUAAUCUUACAAAAGAUAACUGGAAGAUAGGAAUGAUUUGGCUUCCGGCAUUUUUCCCACACGUUUUGGGUGUGGUGAUUACAGUAAAAAUGGCGAAAAAAUAUCCACAGCAUCAGUGGCUUAUGGCCGCUGGCGGCUUAGCGUUAGAAGGUCUGUGUUGUUUUAUAAUACCAUUCGCCAAUUCUUAUAAAAUGCUCAUGAUACCUAUUUGCGGAAUAUGCUUUGGAAUUGCUCUCAUCGACACCGCUUUAUUACCUACACUUGGGUAUCUGGUAGAUGUGCGGUAUGUAUCAGUCUAUGGAAGUAUUUACGCUAUAGCCGACAUAUCUUACUCGUUCGCCUACGCUGUCGGACCAAUAAUUGCUGGUGGAGUAGUGGAGAUGAUAGGAUUUACAGCCCUAAAUCUUUUUAUUGCAUUCAGUAACUUAUUAUACGCUCCCGUUUUGAUGUAUCUAAGACAUAUCUACGAUUUUAAACCGUUCGAAAACGAAGCAAAUAUUUUGAUGGCUGAUCCACCAGAAAAAGAAUAUCAGACUUAUAGCAUGCAAGACCAGCGACCAGUAAAUGGUGAUUUUAAAAAUCAUUUGGAGUACAACAAUAUGCCUGGCCAAAGAGAUUCCGUUCAAGAGUCUAAUGUGGAUAAUUCGAGAUAUGACUACCAGGAGGGCUAUCAGAACUACUCUCAAGGGUACGAGCAGCAGGAUUUCCAGCAGGAGAGUUAUAGCCAGCCUCGCCAGUUGCCCGCGCAGCCACAGCCCACGCCCAGUAACCCCUUCAGGGCCCCCGGCACUGCGCCAGCCCCAUCGGCAGCUCCUCCACCUGCGGCACAGAAUCCUAUCAAGAACCCCUUCCGACAAGGUUUC